GAUAGUGUCAAAGCGAAAACAUAUUUUGUUUACUUUCAAAUAAAAACAAAAAUUCACUAAUUAACGCCACGACAACACAAAAAUGGCUUGGAUAUCGGGCUUAGCAGAUAAAGCCGAAAACAUUUUAAAUAAGAUAGAUCAAAAUGCCGCUACAGCUUUGCAAGUAGCAGCCACCUCAGGUGACGAUGGUGAUAGUAGCGAAGGUAGUGCUUUAGAAACGGUGCGACGCAACUUAUCCAAUAGUAAAUUGUCAUUGAAAACAGCAUUUUCCCCAAUSAAAACAAAAAGCAAUCUUAUUACCAAUAUGAGUAGAUCAGUAGAAGGUGAUACAGAGGUAUUAAAUGCUUCAUAUCGCACUGCAUUGCCUGAAUCAGUAGAAGCAAGUGAUAAAGUUGAAUGGCACAUAAACUCUGCUGUCUCUUCACGACGCAGUUCCAUUAAUUCGCGCCCCGAUGCUGUGGCGAUUGAAGUGGAGGAAACAAGUCCGCAACAUGGCUUACUGAAAAAGGUGGCUACUGAAGGAACUCUUCUAACUGGAACGCAUGAAAGUCAAGAGUUGAUGGCAUUUAAAAUUGCAUUAAACGAAAUUACUAACGAACGUGACGACUUGAAAGCACGUUUGACAAGAAUAAACCGUGAUAAUGAAAAAACUGCAUUUCUAACAAAAAUACAAGGUUUGGAGACACUAUUACAACGUUUAACCGAAGAGCGAGAUCAAGCACAAUAUGAACAGAGCAAAGCACAGGAUGCUAACAAUGCAUAUGCCCACACCAUUUCAGAGCUCGAAGCUAAUUUAGCUAAACUGCAACAAGAGUACUUGGAGACGGCGCAUAAAUUACAAAUGCAAAUGAUGGAAACAGAGCAGCUCCGRAAGGAACUGCAAGAAUAUCGGCAUAAAGCGCAGUACUCAUUGCAAAUGAAGGACAAUCUUAUAGCCGAACUAAAAGCAAAUGGCGUGUCGGCUGGCUCAGCAACAAAAAGCGAAGAUGAAAAUGAUUUGCGUUUGGUGCAAAUGGAGCUGGACGCUUUAAAGCAUGAACAUCAGCAAACCGUAGAUGAAAGUCGUACAUUGCGUAUGCAAUUAGAAGAAUUACGACGUGAUUGGCAAAUGGUUAAUGAACAACACACCACAUAUAUUGCAAGUACACGCGCCGCAGAGGAAACCUUAAGAAAAGAAUUGCGUACAGAACGUGAACGUUUACUCGCAACUGAAUCAGAACAACGUAUACAAGCGCAAGAGUUGGCAAAAUUACGACAGCAGCUCAGUAAUCAAAUGGCUGCAGCUGCGACACGGCUACAAGAAAAGGAUGCACAAUUAGAAAAGCUACGUGCUGAGGUGCAAAGGCGCAACGCAACAAUGCAUGUCGCAGAUGGUGCAGCGGUAGAUACCUUUGAUGAACGCAUUAAGGUGCUCACACAAACAUUGGUGGAUAAACAACAAACUGUGGAACGUAUCWCAUCCGACCGGAAUGCUUUACGCAUACAACUGGAAAAAAUGCAAGAUCAACUGCAGCAGCAAUAUGCAUAUAAUAAUAAGCCAGUUUCGCGUAAUUCAUUGCUCUCCAAUACAACUGAUGACAUCAAAGCACAGUUUCCACUUCUGAUGCGUGAGAAUCCUUUCGACAAUCGUGUAGCUCGUCGUGUUAAACGUGUCUACUCUUCACUCGAUUCUGCUGGUAUACGUUUGGGCGCCUUCCUGCGACGUUAUCCGCUCAUGCGCAUAUUUGUGCUCAUGUAUGUUGGCCUCUUGCACUUUUGGGUUAUGUUUGUGUUGAUGUCAUCGUCUCCAAAUUAAAACUAUUAUUUUUAAUAUCUACUUACCACAUCAAUAUGUAGUCAAAUAUUUAAUAUUUACUAGUGUUAAUCCUAAAAAUAUAUUGUGUAUAGUAUUG